UUGGUGGAUGUGCACAUGAACAUCGCUAUCAGUGCCUAUUGCAGAGUCCUCCAAGUAAAGUCGUCGAUCUAGUAGCUUAGAUAGAUACGUACAUAGCUCAUAGUUUCUAUCGUAACUAGCAUAUACUAACCAAUAUGGGGCGCUUGAUAAAGAAAGGGACUCGUGGAGCGGCGACCAACUUCAUCAGUCGUAACCAGGCUCUGAGAAAACUCCAACUUUCUCUGCCCGAUUUCAGACGAUUGUGUAUACUUAAAGGUAUAUAUCCUCGUGAGCCCAGCAAUAAGAAGAGUGUCAAGGGUAACACAAACUCCACAUACUACUACACAAAAGACAUCAAGUACUUAUUACACGAACCUCUACUGCUCAAAUUCCGCGAGUUCAAGACCUUUGUCAAACGUGUCAACAAGGCCCUCGGCAAGCGUGACGAUGAUACCGUAGAACGUCUAGAGGACCAGAAACCAGACUACACAGUUGACCAUCUAGUUAAGGAGAGAUAUCCCGCAUUCGUAGACUCCCUCAGAGACCUGGACGAUGCAUUGUGCAUGCUGUUUUUGUUCCGUGUUAUGCCCAGGUCUGGCCGUGUCAAAGCAUCAAUUGUGAAUGAUUGCGAGCGUGUGUCAAGAGAGUUCUUAAACUAUGUGAUUGAAUCUGGUAGCUUGCGCAAAUGUUUCUUGUCUAUCAAAGGUAUAUACUACCAGGCCGAGAUUAUGGGCCAAACCAUUACCUGGAUUGCACCAUACAACUUCAAUCAGAAGGUUCCUGAUGAUGUUGAUUUCCGCGUCAUGCUGACGUUCCUCGAGUUCUACGUCACAAUGAUGGGCUUUGUGAACUACAAACUAUACCAGCACAUAAACAUCAGGUACCCACCCGCACUAGAUGUUAGUAAAGAAUCGGCUGAUGCAGGUUUGGGGUCACUUUUGCUUGAACAAGCGGAAGGUAAACCCGAGAAAGAAGGCGAGAAUGAUGUAGUUAGUGUGAGUGUUAGUGUGAAGGAAAGUGGUGAUGCCAGCGCGGACCAGAACGGAGAUACCGAGGCCAUGAAACAGGACUCGAAGCGAAGAAUCGCAAGCAUUGGAAAGGCUCUGAAUAGAAUUGUCAAGGAGCAGGCGGCUGAGGAUAAGAAGACCACAAACACAGCCAGCACAGACGCUGAGGUGCAGGAUGACAGCACACAGUUAGAUAACUUUGUGGCUGUGGCCGAUGGCAGUGAUGAGAUUGAUGGGCUAGAGGAGGCCCGUGCGCAGGAGAAGCAGACGCAGUUAAUGCGCAGUUUAUUUUCAAAGUACAAGUUUUUCCUCAACCGCGAGGUGCCCACAGAGAGUUUAGAGUUUGCGAUCCGCUCGAUGGGCGGGCGUGUGUCCUGGGGACGUCUGUAUGAGAGUGUGUCUAAUGCAUACGCUGAGGACGAUGAUACCAUCACACACCAGAUAGUCGACAGGCCGGGUGUGGAUACCACCAAGUACAACCGUGAGUACGUACAGCCUCAAUGGGUUUACGACUGCAUCAACGCCAAGGCGCUUCUCAACACUGAGAAGUACGGCCCGGGUUGUGUACUACCGCCUCAUCUCUCACCCUUCGUGGAGUAUGACGAAGGCGACUACGUGCCGGGUUCAGAUGUUGUGUCUGGCAGCACAGCAGAGGUACAAGGUGAAGUGGCAGGUGACGAGGACGAGGAUGUAGAUUCAGAGGAAAAGUACGCCCAGGAACUUAAGGCCGAAGGUGAGGGUGUGGCGUUCUCGAAUACGAACAAGGAAACCGGUACGUCACAAAAGCGAAAGCGGGACGUAGCGGCGGAUACGGCCGCGGAAGAGAAGGAGCUGGCCAUCAUGAUGAUGAGCAAGAAACACAAGAACUUGUACAAUAAGAUCAUGUACAGCAAGGAGCAGAAGAAGCAGAAGGUGGCGAAACUUCAAGAAAAGAAAGCGGCCACUGCUAAGAAAUAGAGAACCACGAAUGUAUAUAGUAUAUAUAGCAAGUAAAAAUUUAGCUGAUACUCUCGCGUGGCG